UUUUUAAUAUAACAACAUUUAACAACAAAUCUAACCAAACAAUGUCGAUUUCAACAUCACCAACAACAACAACAACAACAAUGAAAGUAAUAAAUAUUGAUGAAGAUAAAAAUUUUGUUAAUAAACGUGGACGUUUUGAUCUAUUUGCAACCAAACCGGAUAUUGAUGAUGAUUUUGAUGAUAAUGGCAGUGGUGGUGGUGGUAGCAAUAAUGGCAAUGGUAAUCAAAAUGAUCGAUCAUUAAUAAUAUUAACAAAUCAUUUUAUGAUUACAUAUGAUCCGGAUAAAGUAAUCUAUUCAUAUUAUGUUAAAAUCAAUCCAAUCAUUAUUAUUAAUAGUAAUAAUAAUAAUAAUCAUAAUUAUAAUGAUCAACAACAACGUUUGAAAUAUGGAGCUAAAAAUUUGAUUCCUACAACAACAACAACAACAACAACAACAUCAACAAAUCAUAAUAAUAAUCAUGGUAAUGAAUUAUUAUCACGUAAAAUAAUACAAAGAUUAAUCGAAAUGAAUAAUAAUAAUGGAAAUAUAUUCCAUAAUGUAUUAUGUGUUUAUGAUGGUGCAUCAUCAAUGUUGACCAAUUUUCGUUUGCCAAUUAUUGAUGAUAAGCUAAUUAAAUUUCGUGUUACAUUACCGGCAAAUGAUUAUUAUCAUAAUGAACAAGAAUUUGAAGUAUGCAUUAAAUUAAUCAAAACAGUCGCUUAUUCAACUAUCGAAGAUUUUUAUCGUAAUCCAAUGAAUGAUAGUUAUGUUGAAGUGGUUACCGCUGUUAAUCUAAUUAUUCGACAUUUAUUGAUGGAAAAACGUUUUCUUAUUGGACGAUCAAAUUUUCAUCAUCGUUUUGAUAAAGAUGAUAAACGAACUAGUUUAUCAACAUUGAAAGAAUUAGCAUUUGGUAUUUCAUCUUCAGUACAAACAUGUUCAUCUGGUUUACAAUUAAUUAUGGAUCGUUGUUGUACACCAUUUAUCAAACCAUUUAUGAUGAAUGAUUGUAUUGAAAAUUUUCAACGUGAAAUGUUUGGUGGAAAUGGUGGUAAUUCUAAUAAUAUUGGAAAUCAUCAUCAUCACCAUCAUCAUCAUCAUCAUCACCAUUAUCAUCAUCAUCAACAACAACAUCGUUGGAAUGAUUUUUUACGCAAACGUUUGGAACCAUUGAUCAAAGAUUAUUAUUUUGAAGUUUGUAAUCUUAAACGUUCAAGACGUUAUCGUAUUGCCGGUAUUACAUUAGAAUCGGCCGAUAAAGUUAUGUUCAAACCGAAUGGUAAUGAACAACAACAACAGCAACAACAGCAUCAACAACAACAACAAAUUAGUGUUGCCGAUUAUUUCCAUCAAACAUAUGGAAAAUUACAACGACCAGAUUUACCUUGUAUUAAAGUACGUCGAGGUAAAAAUGAAUUCAUCUAUUUUCCAGCUGAAAUCUGUCAUAUAAUUGCCGAUCAAAAGGCAAGAAAAUUGUCAAUAAAAGAAAAAUCUGAUUUAAUUCGAAAAGCAGCAGGAAUAAAUCCAUUUGAACGAUUAGAAGAAAUUCGUUCAAGUGUUAAUGAAUUGAUUCAAACGGAUAGAAAUAAUUAUUUGAAAGAAUUUGGUUUUCAAAUUGCAACACAACCAAUAACAAUACGUGCAAAUGUAUUGGAUCAACCAAAACUAUUGGAAGGUGAUGAACGACCAAUAAAAUUGACCAAUGGUAAAUGGCGUUAUCGAAAAUUUUUUCAACCAAUCAUAUUGAAACGUUGGAUUUUAGUAAAAUUAUUACAUUUUGAUGAUUCAACGUUGGAAAAAUUUCUUGAAACAUUUAUACGCAAUGGUGAACAAUUAGGUAUGGCAAUCGAUAUGCCCAUACGUAUGGAUUAUGAAUUCGAUAUAGCAACAUUGGGUGAUUUUUUACAAAAAUUAAAACAUACCUAUAAUAAUGGUGGUGGACAAUCACCAUUACAGCUAGUAUUUUUUAUUGGCUGUAAUUCUGAAUGGCAACAUAGUGCUAUAAAAAAAUUUGGUGAUGUUGAUUUUGGUAUGGUAACACAAUGUAUGCGACAAACAAAUGUUCUACGUAUUAAUCAAUCGAUUGCCGUAAAUAUUUUGCAUAAAAUUAAUGCCAAAUUAGGUGGUAUAAAUGUAACAUUGGAUUAUGGUAAAUUACAACGAUCGAAUGAUUAUCGUAAAACAAUGGCAAUCGGUGUUGAUGUUGCACAUCCAUCACCAUCGGAAAAAAAUUUACCAUCAAUUGCGGCAAUGGUUGCAAAUAUUGAUCAAUCAUUUGCACGGUAUACAUCAUCUGUAAAAAUACAGAAAUUUUUUCGUCAAGAAAUCAUACAAGAAUUGGAUAAAAUGUUGAUCGAUUUAUUACGUGCAUAUGAAAUGGAAACUAAUCAGCUCCCGGAUAAAAUUAUAUUCUAUCGUGAUGGUGUUAGUGAAGGACAAUUUCAAGUGGUUUAUAAUGAAGAAAUUCUUCUUAUUAAGGAAACACUUGAACAUUAUCGCCCGGGACAUAAAUUUCGUUUAACAUUUAUUAUCGUACAGAAACGACAUCAUUCAAGAUUUAUACCGGAUAAUAGUAAAGAUGGUGUUGGACGUUUUGCUAAUAUACCGCCCGGUACGGUUGUCAAUACUGAUGUUGUACAUCCAAGACGAUUUGAUUUUUAUCUUUGUUCACAUGCUGGCAUUCAAGGUACAUCAAGACCAUCACAUUAUUGUGUUUUGAUUGAUGAAAAUCAAAUGUCCGCUAAUCAGAUACAUAAUUUUACCAAUGUUCUUUGUCAUCUUUAUGCACGUUGUUCACGUUCAAUAUCUAUACCGACACCGGUUUUCUAUGCACAUUUAGCCGCAUUUCGUGCACGUGAACAUAUUCAGGCAGCAACAUCAUUAAUGAUGUUAUCAAUGGCUAAUAAUCGUAAUAAUAAUAAUUACAACAACAAUAAUAAUGAUCAACAACAACAAGAUGCAGCCAAAAUGCUUAAUUAUUUUCCAGCAACAACAACUUCAACAACAACAACAACAACAACAUCGACAACAACAGUUGGAACAUCGUCAUUAUCGUUGACCACAUCGUCGAACAACAACGACAAUAAUAACGAUAGUGGUGAUGGUAUAUUAUUACCAAGAAUUCAUUAUACAAAACAUCGUGUACCUUGUUUGGAUAAUUUUGAUUCAUUCAUUGAAAUGUCACCAAAAAUGCGAUCGUCAAUGUAUUUUUGUUAAUGAAUAAAUAGAUGAAUUCCUACUUUUUGAAAUUUUAUAUU